CGGGCGCGCCUUUGGCCCGGGCCCGAUGGACGUCUUCACUCACUUCAGCCAGCAGACCCAAGGCCGGGAGCGGCUCUUCAGCUUGAAGAGCUAGAAUGGCAGUCAACAAGUGUGCAUCCAUGCUGGACGAAGACCUCCCUGAGCAGGAGAACGUUCUGCAGAGGGUCCUGCAGCUGCCAGUGGUGAGCGGCACUUGCGAGUGUUUCCAGAAGACCUAUACCAGCACCAAGGAAGCCCACCCCCUGGUGGCCUCUGUGUGCAAUGCCUACGAGAAGGGCGUGCAGGGUGCCAGCAACUUGGCUGCUUGGAGCAUGGAACCAGUGGUCCGCAGGCUGUCCACCCAGUUCACAGCUGCCAAUGAGCUGGCCUGCCGGGGCCUGGACCACUUGGAGGAAAAGAUCCCGGCCCUCCAGUACCCCCCCGAAAAGAUUGCCUCUGAGCUGAAGGACACCAUCUCCAGCCGCCUUCGCACAGCCAGGAAUAGCAUCAGUGUGCCCAUCACAAACACUUCAGACAAGGUCUUGGGGGCCGCUCUGGCCAGCUGCGAGCUCGCCUGGGAAGUGGCCAAAGACACGGCCGAAUUUGCUGCCAACACCCGAGCUGGCCGGCUGGCCUCUGGAGGGGCUGACCUGGCCCUGGGCAGCGUGGAAAAGAUGGUAGAGUUUCUCCUCCCUCCAACCAAGGAUGAGUCAGUCCCUGGUCCUGGGUGCCCGAGGGCCCAGAAGAAGUCUGCCAAGGGCAAGCCAAGCCUGAUGAAGAGGGUUGGUGCCCUGGCCAACACCCUCUCCCAGCAAACCUUUCAGACCACAGCCUGGGCACUGAAGCAGGGUCAUGCUGCAGCCAUGUGGGUCCCAGGUGUGGCGACUCUGAGCAGCCUGGCCCAGUGGAGCACCUCAGCGGCCAUGCAGGUGGUGUCCCGGCGGCAGAGUGAGGUGCGGGUGCCCUGGCUGCACAACCUCACCGCCACCCAGGAGGAGGAUCACAAUGACCAGACAGACACCGAGGGGGAGGAGACAGAGGAGGAGGAGAAGGAUGACAAUGCAGAAGAGGAAGAGAAGCUGAAUGAGGUGACAGCCCUGCCUGGCUCUGAAGGCCUCUUGGGCAGGGUGACACACACGGUGUGGGCAGCCUUCCACAGCAGCUUCUCGGCCGUGACAUGGGCGCCUGCCGCUGUGAUGGGCAUGGUGGGGCGGCUGCUGCACCGUACACCUGCCUCCCAGACUGUCUCUUCGACCAAGAAGAGGGCCAUGUCCCUGUCCGAUGCCCUGAAGGGAGUUACAGACAACGUGGUGGACACCGUGGUGCACUACGUGCCGCUCCCUAGGUUAUCACUGAUGGAGCCAGAGAGCGAAUUCCGGGACAUUGACAACCCACCCAGCGAAGCCGAGCGCCGGGGGUCUGGGGUCCCUGCCACCAGCCCGGAGUCCUCCCCGCUCCUGGCUCAUCAGUCCCGUGGCACUCUGCGCAGCGCGCAGGGCUUGAGCGCGCCCGCCUGCCCGGGUGUGGAAGACAAGCUGGGGACACCCGUCGGGUCACGCUCGGGCUUCCCGGUGGUGCCUCGCGAGAAGCCCAAGCGCAGGGUCAGCGACAGCUUCUUCCGACCCAGCGUCAUGGAGCCCAUCCUGGGCCGCGCGCAGUACAACCAGUUGCGCAAGAAGAGCUGAGGCGGACGCUAACCCUGCGCCUCCACUCAGUGCGCUAGGGACAUUUUCUUUGUCAAAUAAAUAGAGUCUGUGCGUCCAAGUCACUUGUUCCCUA